CCCUUAUGUAUUAGUUAAACAAGAGGUGUGCUAUUCUGUCAACCCAGCUCCUCCGAACUCCACGCCGGCCCAUCUCCAUCCCGCAACAACUCAACUUCUCAACCGCAUUCACUCUCCGCCAACCCAACACCCAACACCAAACACUCAAGCCUACAAACCUCCUCCAACAUCUCCAUCUCCACCAACCCACCAUGUUCCUCCCAUCAGCGCGUAAUUUACUCCUGCUACUCCCCCUCCUCCACGCCGCCACAACAACCGCCUCCUCCCUAACAAUCACCAUCCCUCCAUCCAACCUCCUCCCAAACCCCAACGUCCUCCCCGCCAGCACCCACGCUACAUUAACAACUCUCUCCGAAUCUCCGAGUGAAAAAGGAACCGGGACCGAAAACAACAUCCUCUCCGCGCCCCUAACCACUUCCUCAACAUUUACCUUCCCUAUCCUAUCCAAAUCGGAACCGGGACCGGGCCCGAGAUCAUACCUUCUUGAUAUCCGCUCCCGGGAAUACGUCUUCGCUCCAUACCGCGUGGAUGUCGCGUCUGAUGGGACGGUGAUUGGGGUAUGGGAGACGUUUCGGGGAAAUGCAUGGAGUAAUCGGGGGAUGGAGAUGUUUGUUGCUACGGUGGGAGGAGGGAAUGGGAUUGGGGAUGUGAUUGUUCCGGCGAAGGUGGUUGCGAGGAGGGGGUUUUAUGAGGAGAGAGCGAAGUUCUCCCCACUAAGUCUAUUCAAAAACCCCAUGAUUCUCCUCGCUGUCUUUGCGAUGGUCGUCAUGUUCGCUAUGCCGAAACUUAUGGAAAACAUGGACCCCGAAAUGCGCGAAGAGUUCGAAAAGCAAUCUCGCGGUGGCCCACUCACGGCUGCGAGCCGCAGUGCCGUUUCAGGCGGUGGUCCGGCCAACUUCGACCUUGCGGGAUGGAUGGCCGGGACGACUUCGAGUGCGAGUGCGGAUAGCUCAGUGGCUAUCACAUCGGGGAGGGAGAGCGGUAGUGCGGGACGGAGGAGAGGUUGAAGUCAGCUUGAGGGUGGGAUUGGUAAUAUUGGGCUCAAGUGUUUGCGGGGGGUAGGAAGUUAUUUUCUCGAUAGAUAGUGUAAUACGAGCAUGGAUAUUUGUCUAGAAGAUGAUUUAUACAAAUGCUAGAU